AUGUUCGCAAAUCGCCUACUCUUCAUCACGGGCCUGCUGGGCAUUGCCCAGGCCCUGCCGCAAGCGCCCAAAGACUCCGUCGGCAGACUCAUCGGACAGGAGGACAUGAUCGACCACAACCAGCACGGCGUGGCCAUUGACGGCGCCCUCGACCGGGCCUCCAAAUUUUACGCCUACACCAGCACCGCGGCCAACGCCCCAGCACCCACCCCUGGCCCGAGCAUGGACAAGGUAGCCGCAGCGCUGACCAUCCGCAUCACCAACGCAUGGCACUCGCCGAUCAGUACCAGUCACGCUCGCAACGCCAACGCGCCGGCGGCGGUGGACGGCGACGUCGGACCGGGAACACUGGGCGUCUUCAGCGUCGGCCAGUUCGCCGUGCCGACGCAGUGGGCCGGCAUGGUGGCGGUGGUCGAGGCGAGCGGCUCCAACGCCGUCGUGGGCGACGAGUCGCUGAUCGAGGCUUCGUUCGUCGACCAGUUUGGCAGCGGCGCCCUCGUCGACGUGGACGUUUCGUACGUCGACGGCUUCUCGCUGCCAAUCACAUGCUCCUGCGGCGGCAACGUCGUCACCGGUUGCAACAGGCAGCUGCGGGACCUGGACACCUGCCCGAACGACAACGGCCGCGGUUCGUGUCGAAAUCCAAACAGGAACGCCGGGAUCAGGCCGUCGCAGUUCUUUGCUCCGUGUCGGGGCGCAGCUUAUACAUUCCCCAGCGACCACGGCGCCAACUCGAAUGGUGAGUGCACCAGCGGUGUCAUCGACUGCUGCGUGGGCGAAGUGUGCCCCGGGAACCCGUCACAGCCCAUCUGA